AUGAGAACUAGUAUAAUAAUACCUUCAAUUAAAUUGAUUAAAUAUUGGAAAGUUAUAUUAAUUAUUAUUGGAUUACUUAUUAAUAUAUAUAUAUAUAAUCAUAUUUUAAAUAAACAUGAUCAUAUAAUUUAUACAAAUAAAUCAUCUACAUUAUGUAUAAAUGAUAUUUUUACAAAAAUUGUACAAUCACAAAAUUCAUGGUUAACAUUUAUUAAUACUUUAAAUCAUUUACAUGUUAAUAAUUCGAAUCAAUUAAAAACAACUCCAAUAUCUACAGAAUUAUUUCAAUUUACAUAUUUUUCUUUGAAUAUAUUCAAUGAAACAAUAGAACUUUUAAAUUUUAAAAAUCAAUUGAAUAUAUUAUCUGAUUCUAUGAAUACAACAUAUCAAUUCAAUGAAAUUUAUACUGAUAUAAUUAAUAAUAAAAGUAUAUCAUAUAUUAAAAAUAAUAAAUCUGUAAAUGAAAGACAUUAUCCAAAAUAUUUCAAUAUGACUGAAUAUUUGAAUGCGAUGUCAAAUGGAUUUCCACCAAAUGAAGUCCCCAUAAAUAAUGAACAUCUAUUUGUUUUGGAAACUCCAAGAAGUGCUUGUGAUCCUUGUCAUGAAAAACAGAAACUAAAUUUGGUCGUUUUAAUCAAAUCUUGCAUUUAUUGCUAUGAACAACGAUCAUACGCGCGUAAAACAUACAUGAACAUAAGUCUGUGGAAUAACUUUGCAGUCAGAUUUGUAUUUGUUGUUGGAUUACCAAUACCAAAUGAAACAAAUAUUUAUCAUUUUGAUGGUGUAAAUAUUCAGUUGAAUGGGAAAUCAUGGUCGGAAUCGAGAAAACGUGAAUUUUCCCGAUGGUCGGUAAUAAAAGAGUUGAGAAAUGAAAGCAGAUUUUAUGGUGACAUGUUGGUUGGUGGUUUCUUUGAUACUUACUUCAAUUUAACUACGAAAAUGAUGUUAUCUUUUCGUUGGGCGUGUACCUUCUGUAAGAAUAUAACGCCAUUAUUUUUAUUUAUUGACGAUGAUUAUGUACUUCAUCCGAACAAUACAAUGAAACUCGUAAAGUCAAUUAAAAUAUCAGAUAUGAAGUCAUAUGUCGGUGGUCCAAUUCAUGCAACAUCAGUUGUAUCACGACCACAAAAUAAAACUUACAACUCAAAGUGGGAUGUUUCACCUCAUGAAUAUCCAUGGAGUUAUUAUCCUCCAUACUUUUAUGGUAUUGGCUAUAUGAUUGGAGCUGACGUUGUAUGUGAUGCUUCUGUUACAAUGUCAUUUACACAAAAUCUUCGUAUUGAUGAUGCAUAUCUUGGGAUUGUUUUGGCAAGACUGAACAAGAAGCUCAAUCAACUUAAAGGGUUUAGAGUAUACACUGAUACAAAUUUCGAAGCAUCAGGAGCCAUUAUUAUACAAAAAUCAAGAGCUGAUUUACUGUUUGCUUAA